UUUUUUUUUUUGUCUCUUUUUAUUAUACAUAUAUAUAUAUAUAUACUUUAUAUAUUUAUAUUUUUAGCUUUAUACCAUCAAAAUUUCAAUAUACACACUAUAGAAUGACUGAAGAAGGUGCCUCUGAAAAUGAACUCAUGUUAGCUGCUUGUAGAAACGACCAAGAAGAUGUAUUGGAAGGCAUCUUGGAAGGGGAAAACUAUGAUAUUGGUUAUACUGAUGGUGCUGGGAAUACUGCUGCUCAUCUUGCAGCAAAGUCUGGUGCUUUAGGAUGUCUUGAACUUUUGGUCAAUUUGGAUGAUAUUGAUUUGAAUAUCCAAAACCGUAUGGAAGGUUAUACACCACUACACUAUGCUGUUGAAUAUCAAGACAAGGAUGAAGAUUUAGCAUAUGCAAUGGUGGAUAUUUUAUUACAAGGCGGGGCUGACAUCAAAAUUGAAAAUCGAAACAAACUUACUCCAAUCAUGAUGGUCCAUUCCAAGAAUAAAGAUCUUCGUGAUUUACUCUCUCAAUCUGUGGCUGUAUAUCAAGUGGUAAGAAAAAAAAAGUAGUUGAAUAUGAUGAAAAGGAAAUAGAUAACUCAUAUAUCGCUUUUGGUACCUGUCUGUGUUGAUUGAUUUAGGAUGAAGAUGAUAUUGCCAAUGAUGAUGAAUAUGGAUCAAGUGAUGGAGAACCUAGUGAUUAG